AUGUAUUCCACUAGCGCUAAAUUGUCCCUCCACAGAACCUUUUCUGAUAUUUUAGAAGAUCAAUUAUUAGUGAAUUAUAAUGAUACUAUGAACUCAAACUCUAUAGACCAUGCUACUUCAUAUGAUAGUGUCCCGAACUCUUCAUUGGAUUAUUCUAUGCCAAAUACUAUGUUAUUAGAUAAUUCAACUCCAAAUUCCAAUUCUUCGAAAUCAAAUACCGAUAACACAAUUUUAAACAAUGUAUUUAAUCAAUAUGCUGAUCCCAGUUUAACUACGCAGACAAAUAUUAGUAAUAAAAUAAACGAAAAUUCAAAUACAGGGAGUCCGAUUGUACAAACAAUAAGUUUAAGUAAAUUAUUAAAAUCAUCAAGUAAUAAUAAGAGUACAAGCAAACAAUCGCAGUUGUAUUCAAAAAUAAACUUCAAUAGCAACAGCAGCAAUAACAAUAGUAGCCCUAAAAAUAAUGAAUUCGAUACUUUCGAAGAAAAUAAUAAUAUUUUAUUCACACAAAAUAAUUCAUUGUAUGAUGAUGAAUUCAAUUUGUUUUUGGCUGAGCAACAUCAAAUCCUUCUAAAUAACUCAAAAGAAAAUUUACUGACAAAUUCAGAUUCGAUUUUACAAGAUAAUAAUGUUUUAUUGGAUAAUGAAAAUGCAAAGACAAGUUUUAAUAAUGAGUUUUACAAAGAAAACAAUAAUAAUAUCGAUGAUGAUAUUUUAAGUGAUGACGAAUUUGAAGAAGAAGAAGUCGACGGCGACGAUGAUGAUGAAAAUUUUAAAAAUAACCGUUAUUUUGAAAAUGCUGAUCUUAAUGAUAUCAAUACCAACAGUCAAAAUACGUUCUCUAAUUUAAUUUCAAACGAUAACGCAUUUGCAUUACAAUCUUUUGUAGACUCAAAUGUUAAAGAUUUGAAUUCACCAUCUUUCAUAACUGACAGUGACUCAAAUAGUUUUGCUACUAAAAAAUCAUCAAUUGGUGAUGAUGAUUUAAACGAUACUGAUAUAUAUGAUUUUUCGAGAUUACAAAAUAUCACUCCAAAUUUGAAUACUAUUGUCACUCAGAAUAAAAAUAAUAAAAGAAGGAAAAGUUUUGUUAAAAAAAAUACAGCAUCACUCACAAAUGUUAAUUCAUCAACUGUCCUAACGAAUGUUAAACAAAAUAAAAUUAAUUUGAAUGGUAGAAUUAAUUUAGAUAAUCUGCCCAAUAAUAAAAUUGAAAAUAACAACAAGAAUAGCAACAACAACAACAACAAUAUAUUGAGUCCAGAAUCAUCGAACAUUUCAUCAUCUCCAUUAUCAUCUCCAUCUCGACCUUUAGCAUCUUAUUCAUCAUCCAAUUCAAAAACAAUAACAGCAAUAGCAGCACUAGCACAAACACCAAUUAAGAAAGACACAAAGGCACAGACAACUUCAGUAAGAUCGACUCAUACUCAUGUUGCAGGUGAAGAUCAUGAAGUGUUUAAGUGUAUGAUCAUGAAUUUAAUAACCAAUGAGCCAUGCAGUGCCGAAUUUUCAAGGCCAUACGAUCUAACAAGACAUCAGAAUACAAUUCAUGCAAAGAGGAAGAUUGUAUUUAGAUGUUCUGAAUGUAUCAGAUCGUUGGGUGACGACGGUUUCAAGAAAACAUUUUCAAGAUUAGACGCAUUAACAAGACAUAUUAAAUCCAAACAUGAGGAUUUAAGCAUGGAAGAGAAAAAACAGGUAACUAAAUAUGCAAAACAGAAUAUUGCCUAUGCUGUAGCUUAA